CACGCUUCACUCUUGUAACACACACGAAAAGAAAAAACCUCUCAGAAUCCAAACCCUAACGAGACUCGCGCCCUCGCUCUCACGCAGUUUUUGAGCAUUCCCCCCACUAUCGAGGAGGAGACACUCGGACACAGAGAGAGACGACCGCGAUGGACGCCAUGAGGAAGCAACUCGACGUGUUGAUGGGCGCCAAUCGAAAUGGCGACGUUCGAGAAGUUAAUCGCAAGUACUACGAUCGCGAUGUUUGCCGUCUCUUCUUGGCGGGACUUUGCCCCCACGAGCUCUUCCAAUUAACGAAAAUGGAUAUGGGGCCGUGCCCGAAAGUUCAUUCGUUGCAGUUGAGAAAAGAAUAUGAAGAAGCAAAGGCAAAGGGCACUGAUAAUUAUGAUAGAGAAUUAGAAGACGCUAUUGACAGACUCAUCGUUGAGUGUGAUAGGAAAAUUGGUAGAGCUCUUAAGCGUCUCGAGGAUGAUGAUGCAAAGGCUGCAAUUGCAAUAUCGGUCUCUGAGGUGACUCAGACACCAGAGGUACUUGAGUUGUCAAAGCAGAUCAAGGAGAAGUUGAAAGAAGCUGAUCAAUACGAUUAUGAAGGCAAGACAGAUCUUAAGAUCCGAGCUUUGGAAGUGGUAGAGGAACUCAGAACAAUAAGAGCUGACAAACAGUCCAUGCUGCUUUUGGAUGCUUUCAACAAAGAUAGAGCAUCUUUGCCUCAACCUCUACCAAACCCACCACCAUUGGCACCCUUACCUAUACCUGCGCCUGAUGCUCGUACACAGGAAAUGAUAAAUGAGAAGCUGAAGAAGGCAGAAGAUCUUGGUGAGCAAGGAAUGGUAGAUGAGGCACAAAAAGCUUUGGAAGAGGCUGAAGCACUUAAGAAGCUUCCUGCCAGACAGGAGCCUGUUCUAGAUUCGUCCAAGUACACUGCUGCAGACGUGCGCAUUACUGAUCAGAAGCUACGUGUUUGUGACAUUUGUGGAGCAUUUUUGAGCGUUUAUGACAGUGAUCGUCGCUUAGCAGAUCAUUUUGGAGGGAAGCUUCAUUUAGGUUAUAUGCAAAUCCGCGAUAAACUGGCAGAGCUUCAGGAAGAGAGAAACAAGAGUCGCAAAGAUCGAUAUGAUGAUAGAAGAUCAAAAGAACGAAGUAGAGAUCGCGAUAGGGAAGCAAGCAAGGAUCGCGAAAGGGAAGUGAGUGUGAGUCGUGAUCGUGAUCAAGGAGACAGCCGUGACCGGGGAAGGGAUUAUGACCGUAGUAGUCGAGAUCGUGAUAGGUAUUUUGAACGAGACCGUGGAUAUGAUCGAGAGCGUGACCGGGAUUUGGAUCGCCACCGCAGUUAUGAUUCAAGAAGUAGGCGGAGGUCACGCUCUCGGUCAAAGGAACGUUCAAGAGAUUAUGAUCGCCGCAGGCGACAUGAACGGUACUAGAUUAUCGUGCUUGAGCAGCAUAUGGAAAUGGACAUGUGUUCUGGUCUAGGUCAGUGAACUUAUGUAGGCAAAGUAUGAUGAUCUCGUGUGAUUUUUCUGAUACUUUUAGUGAGUUUGGCAGUUCUAAUGUUAUGGUGGACGUAACAACUGCUUCGAAGAUUUUGUUGAAUUAUGUUUGAGAGGUAUGCAUUACAACUGUUUUAGUAUUACUUUUAUGUCUCAGAGUCUCCUUGAAUUUCCAGAAUAUUAUGUUUCACUGUUGGAAAUUUCAACUUUCCCAUUUUGUAAGUAGUGUAUGGGUCUAUCAUUUCUUGGUGAUGAAGUUGGAUAAAACGACUGAUAACUAGCUCUGUGGGUAAGAUUAAAAUCACAAAACUCUAAAACCCACUGAACAGAAUGGGUUUUAAGUUUUAUUGUGAACUUUGGAAUGAGGUGAUAGUUACCAGGUGCCCUCUAGUUGAUACUGUUGGCAGUGGUUUGUGCUCCAGCUUGUGAAGGCAAAAGGGUGAUCCCUCUCUCGAGUAAGUGAAAAUUAACAAAAUUGAAAAUAAAUACAAAUUCAGGCAUUAUAUGCUUGGAUAGUGUAUGCUCUUUGUGCAGCCGACAGGCCUUUUGGAUUUUAGGUUUCUCUCUCCAGGUAGAAUAUUUUCUGUAGUGUUUGUGAAAAAAAAUGCUAGCAUUCUUUUGAUCUCAUCAAGAGAGAGAGAGAGAGAGAGAGAAGUAAAAGGUGAAGUUGACGUUGUGAUGAAAAAUAUUCACCAUUUUGUUGUGGUUGUUAACAGUCGAUGAGGGUUAGGGUAAGUUGAAGGCGAUUGGAAACUUGAUGUUUAACGUCGGAUUGUCACUAUUUUAUUUGAUAAUUGAACUUGGCAUUUUGCUCUUAUUGGAAUAAAAUAUGACUUGAGGAUGGCCUUCUUUAUAUCUAUUUUUGAG